UCAAAAGAGUGUGGACAAAGUCAAGGAAACCAAAUUGAGAUGGUGAUGUUCCAGGCUGAUUUGAAAGUAGUCAGAAGAGCCCUGAUUGUACUGGCCCACUCCGAGAGGACAUCCUUCAACUACGCCAUGAAAGAGGCUGCUUCAGAGGUUCUAAAAAGGAAUGGAUGGGAGGUGGCCGAGUCCGACCUCUAUGCCAUGAACUUCAAUCCCAUCAUUUCCAGAAAGGACAUCACAGGUAAACUUAAGGACCCCGAGAAAUUCCAGUAUACUGUCGAAUCUUGUCUAGCGUAUAAAGAAGGCUGCCUGAGCCCAGAUAUUGUGGCUGAACAAAAGAAACUGGAAGCUGCUGACCUUGUGAUAUUUCAGUUUCCACUGCAGUGGUUUGGAGUCCCUGCCAUACUGAAAGGCUGGUUUGAGCGAGUGUUGGUAGGAGAGUUUGCCUACACAUAUGCUGCCAUGUAUGACAAGGGGCCUUUCCGGAAUAAGAAGGCCAUCCUUUCCAUCACCACUGGUGGUAGUGGCUCCAUGUACUCCCUUCAUGGUGUCCACGGGGACAUGAACAUCAUUCUCUGGCCAAUUCAGAGUGGUACUCUGCAUUUUUGUGGCUUCCAAGUCUUAGAACCACAACUGACAUAUAGCAUUGGGCACCUUCCACAAGAUGCCCGAACUCAGGUCCUGGAAGGAUGGAAGAAACGCCUGGAGAACAUUUGGGAUGAAACACCACUGUAUUUUGCUCCAAGCAGCCUCUUUGACCUGGACUUCCAGACAGGAUUUUUAUUGAAAAAAGAGGUUCAAGAUGAGCAGAAAAACAAGAAAUUUGGCCUUUCUGUGGGCCAUCACCUGGGCAAGUCCAUUCCAACUGACAACCAGAUCAAAGCCAGAAAAUAAGAUUCAAUAAGACUUGAUUUCUAGGAUUUUUUUUUCUUUUAGUUUCAUGGAUUGCUUUAGUUUUUAAGAUUUAGAUUUUUCUCUUUUUUUCCUCACAAAGAAUGAAAAGGAGAAGAAAUAGACUG